AGGAGGAGGAACCCGGCCUGCUUUGGCCUUCCUCAGCCUCUGGCUGAGGGGCUUGGGCCGGGUGGGGCCUUCCCCAGGGUCCCCUGGAAUGCGCUGCUCCAGUUUCUCAAAGCUCUUUGUGCGGAGGUUUCCUGAGCGGCUUCUCCUAGCCUGCCCUUCUGGCUGGGAGUGAGAGAAUGUGAGGUCAGGGACUGAAGCUGCCUCUCCCUACCUUGUCCAAGGCAAACGGAUCCUGAGGCCUCUGUUCUAGCAUCUGGAAAGUGGGCACAGCAGCGGCUUCACCGCCGAGUGCCGGCAGCGAAAUGCCCCGGAAACCUCAGAAAUGUAUUUUGUUCGCCUCUUAGAGACGUGCUUUAGACAUCGGUCCCCCUCGGACUGACUCCUAGGCUCUGGAGGCUGGGAUCCCCCCUCUGCCCCCGAGCGGGGCCUUACUUGGGGACCUCUAGGCUACCGUCCUCAUUUGGCAGAUGAAGAAAUGGAGGCACAGCAUCAGGGAUGGAGAGAUUGAAUCAAGACGAAACAACCUCCUUCAUUCUACAGGAGGGCCAUCGGGCAAGGGCAGCCGUACCCUUGAAGGGGACCAAGCCAUCUUGCAGAGAAUAAAGAAAUCAGUGCGGACGAUUCAUAACUCUGGCCUUGCCCAUGUGGAGAAUGAAGAACAGUAUAGUGAGGCCCUGGAGACCUUUGGGAAUAGCCAACUCUCCCAGAACAACCAUGAGCUGUCCACAGGCUUUCUGAACCUGGCUGUGUUCACUCGAGAGGUGGCUGCCCUCUUCAAAAAUCUGGUACAGAAUCUGAAUAACAUUGUUUCUUUUCCCCUGGACAGCCUGCUGAAGGGGCAGCUAAGGGAUGGUCGACAGGAUUCCAGGAAGCAGGUGGAAAAGGCAUGGAAAGACUAUGAAGCCAAAAUGACCAGGCUGGAGAAGGAGAAGGAGCGGUCCAGAAUGCCUGGAGGGGGUCCUGGAGAGGCAGCCCAGGACACCCAGAGAGAGCGACGAGUCUUCCAGCUGCACAUGUGUGAGUACCUGCUCAAAGCCAGUGAGAGCCAGAUGAAGCAAGGUCCUGACUUCCUGCAGAGCCUCAUUAAAUUCUUCCAUGCCCAGCAAAACUUUUUCCAAGAUGGCUGGAAGGCAGCUCAAAGCCUGUCUCCCUUCAUUGAGAAAUUGGCAGCCUCAGUGCAUUCGCUGCACCAGGCCCAUGAGGAGGACAUUCAGAAGCUCACACAGAUCCGGGACUCUCUCCGGGGUGCCCUGCAGCUGGAGAGCAGAGAGCAGGAAAACUCAAGUCGGAAGAACUCUGGGGGUGGCUACAGCAUCCACCAACAUCAAGGGAAUAAGCAAUUUGGGACAGAGAAAUCGGGCUUUCUGUACAAGAAGAGUGACGGAAUUCGGAGAGUUUGGCAGAAGAGGAAAUGUGGAGUCAAAUAUGGUUGCCUGACCAUCUCUCACAGCACGAUCAAUCGGCCCCCCGUGAAGCUGACCCUGCUGACCUGCCAAGUGAGGCCUAGUGUGGAGGAGAAGAAGUGUUUUGACCUAGUGACCCAUAACCGGACGUACCACUUUCAGGCUGAGGAUGAGCAUGAGUGUGAGGCGUGGGUGUCCGUGUUACAGAACAGCAAAGAUGAGGCCCUGAGCAGUGCCUUCCAUGGAGAAUCGGGAGGUGGGCUUCAAGGGAACCCAGGAGGGGCUGGGCUGGAUGGGGACCUUCGGGACCUCACCAGGCUGGUUAUUGCUGAGAUCAAAGGCAGACCUGGGAAUGGCUAUUGCUGCGACUGUGGGGCAUCAGACCCCACAUGGCUCAGCACCAACCUGGGCAUCCUCACCUGCAUCCAGUGCUCAGGCGUGCACCGGGAACUCGGUGUGCGCUUCUCCCGGAUCCAGUCGCUCACCCUGGAUGUGUUGGGGCCCACAGAGCUGCUGCUGGCUGUGGGCAUUGGAAAUACGCAGUUCAAUGAGAUUAUGGAAGCCCAGCUCGGCCUGAAUGGUGCCACCAAACCCUCGAGUGAGAGUGACAUGAACACCCGAAGAAACUACAUUGUUGCCAAGUAUGUGGAACACAGGUUUGCUUGCCGAGGCGGGUAUGAGCCCCACAGGCUCUGGACAGCAAUUUGCAACCGGGACCUCCCAGCCGUGCUGGAAGCCUUUGCCAAUGGCCUGGACUUUGGGCAGCCACUGCCCCGGCCAGAUGGGCAGACAUCCGGAGAGCUCGCUCUGCACCUGGCCAUCCGCCUUGCUGACCAGGCCUCCCUGCCCCUGGUGGAUUUCAUCAUCCAGAAUGGAGGCCACGUGGAUGCCAAGGCCCCAGACGGGAACACGGCUCUGCACCUCGGGGCCCUGCACAACCAGCCAGACUGCCUCAAGCUGCUGCUCAAAGGGAGAGCCUCUGUGGGCACAGUGAACGACGAUGGUGAUACCGCCUUGGAAGUGGCCCGGAAGAAUAAGCACAAAGAGUGUGAAGACCUGCUGGAACAGGCCCAGGCUGGGAGCCUCCUCCUCCCAUUCCACAUAGACUAUCCCUGGGGGGUUUCCGUGGACCCCGGAUCCGAGAGCGAGGAGGAGGAAGAUGACAAGCGCUGCCCCAUCAAACUCCCAGCCCCAGCAAAGCCUCGAUGGGGCUGUACAGGCCUGGACAUAAGCAACAAGACCUAUGAGACCAUCGUUAGCCUGGGGCCCAGCCAGAGCAGCAACAGAAGCCACAGUGAGGAGCUCCCUCCUCCUCUCCCUGUCAAGAGUCCUUCUCGGGCUUCUUCCCAAGGUCGGAUAAGACAUGGGAGCGGAGAUGGCCCAGAAGUUCUCAGCCCAGGCUCAGAGCCACCUGGAUCCAUGGAGUCUCCAUCCGUGUUUAGUCCAUCCACCUCUAGCAUCCCCAGCCCCACAGAAAGCAUUCUUGCCAGGCCCACCAGCUGUAGCUCCUCAGGUUCCCGAGUCCCAGGCCAGACAGAGCCCUACUUGGAGGAAAGCCUGUGGGAGCCCUCAGGGACAGCUCAUCCUCCCUUGCCCUCAGGAGCCACCCCUCCUGAGCAGCUCCCCCCAGUCAGGUUCAGCUCAGAGAGUACUCGUUCCUAUCGUCGGAGUAGUCGGGGUCUGGAAGACACCCCCGCAGGCCGGCAGCUGCCCCCCGGGCCUGUGACCAGAAGAGCUGUGUCGAUCCCCAUCCCCAGCCAGCCGCAGGGGAAAUCGAAGAGGACCAAGUCCCUGCCAGACAACAGGAUGGAGGACCCCCGAACCCCCCCAGCCUCCUCCCAGGGAGAAGCCAGUGUGGCCCCAUACUCUGAGGAUGAGCAGAGCUGGGAUGGUGUUGCUGAAGUCGAAGGCUCCAGAGCAGGCCUCCUCUUGGCCGGUUCUGUGAAACUUUCAGAAGACUGACCCCCCACCCCCACCCCCACCGCCCUGCCCUGGCUGGGCCUGGGCCAGCCCCAUCAACAUAUAUGAACAGCAUAUAUGAACAUGAACACCAUAUAUGCCUCAUUCUGAGGCAGCGGCAAUUGGAGAGGGGAUUCUGGGGAGGGUCGGGGUCAGCUUUCCAGCUGCGUCCUGGACCCCCGUCACCGUUUCUAUUUGAACACUGUCACCGGGGUGACAGUCCAGCUGAAAGUCUAGUUUUCACUAUUUUCCUCUGGCCUUGGAGGUGGGUUCAAGGAUGGGACUUGAAACUUACUAGCUAGUCACUCACCUAACAGACUAAAAACAAUUCUCUAUCACCCCCCCCAAGACAAGGACUACAUCUCCCCGAUCAAAUGUAGGGGGAAGGGGUGCUAUGCUUUCCUCCUCAUUUAUUCAUUUAACAAACAUCUCCUGCCCCCUUCUUUGUGCUGGACCUCAUUGCCCAGAGGAAUCAGUCCCUGCCCUCUAGUUUACCUAGGGAAGCUUACGGUGGGUGGAAGGUAGGGACAGUCUCCUCCAUCAGGACCAAGGGAAAAGCCUCAGGGCUCAGAGAUCUCAGGGUGGGAGAUCAUUCAGGCUGGGCAGUUGCUAGGGCUGGUCCUUGAACCCUGGCCAUAGGACAGUGUAGGUGAAGGGGAGAGAAGGCAGCAGGUUGAGUAAGCAAAGCCAGAGUUCUGUCCCCUGCAGGAGAAAACAGGAAGAGGUUCCCUUCAUGCUUAGGGUCUGGGAAAAGAAGAAAGAAAGGGAAAGUAGGAAUAAAUGGGUGAUCCUUCUCUCCCUCCCCUCUUCUCCAACCAAUUCUGAUUUCAUAAACUCAGAGUUUUCUUGCCUGGAAAGAGGAAGAAAAGAGAAGGGUUUAUGGGUAGACGUGAUCCUUUGAGUAGUGAAGAAAUGAAUUAAAGAAGUGAGGUUUUGCCCCACAAAAAAAAAAAAAAAUCUCUGCCAGCAGCCUAUCCCAGAGUCCAAUAUUCUAUCAUGAGAAAUCUUUGGAAACCUGAAUUCAGGCUUUUAUCAGUCUCCUGGAGUUCUCAGCAAACAUUAAGAUGUUCUUGAAAAAGGGAUCAAAAGAUAGGAAGGAACCCAGGGCCCUUGGCAGGGGUGACAUCUUUCUGUAAGGAGACACUUUUCCCUGCAGAUGUGCCUGGCUCCAUGGUUCUUGGAGGACUGGGGCACUCUCUUACUGGUUCAUCUCAGACUUUUUGUUUCACUGAUUUUGAAUAAAGGUUUGUCAUUGUUAUUUUCA